ACGCUUUCGACAACGAUGAGCGGUAGCUGGAAUGCUGGACCGAAGGUCGCGUUGCAUAGAAAGGCCACUUCACUCGCUUUGCUCUUGGCGGAGGAUACUUCAUGGAUUUCUCCUUUUUUGGUCAUUUCACUGGACAGAGGCAGAAGAGGUGGUCAAUGAACCAGACUUUCAGAAAUUCAUCGAGGAGAAGAUCCUUUUUUUCGAGCGGUCUCGUCAGCGAAUGCUGCAAGACAAUGUUGCUACUGAAGACGUGGUGGACAUCCAGUAUAGCAAUCUUACCUGGAUACCACCAUUGGAUUUAAGUCCACCUGGUGCAUUCGGUGGUGCAUGCCUCUAUGCCGGGACGAAUUACACAUCCUGGCGAAUUCACACCGACAAGAACAUGACUGACAAUACUGCACGCUUGCGAGCUGUUAGGCCCAACUUGCAAACUCCCGGUGCUCCAGCAGGGCACUGCUUGAUUGAGGAAUACAACUUUGUGGAUGUUGUGCCACCAUUGGAUGGAAGCAUCACCUUCCGCGCUCAACUCACGGAAGUCUGGUACACUGGUGGCAUCACCUUCAGUCAAGGUGGCCAAGUGAAGUUGUGCCUUUCACCUCUCGGGACGUUUGCCGACCCAUCAAUUCCAGCGUUGGGAGAUGCUGCAUUAGUUCCAGAUGGCUACACAGAAUAUCGAGUUCUUGGCGCCAUGGACACUUGCGACCAGGGUCCAGGCUGCCUUCAAAAGCGACGAUUCUUUUGCCACCUGCCACAUCAGUAUUAUACGCGAUACUUGCCCUACGAUCUGAACUGCGAUAUGUUUUUGCAAGCUACGAGCUCACCCUUGCUCUAUUCGCGCAUGGCUGUUAUGGAUGACGAGCAAUGUGGAAAAAGAACUGGACUUUCUAUGGUGGCAAACUUUGAAGGUUAUUGGGAAAGGAUAGUGGAUCCAAUCACCAAGAUAGAACUGGGGAAGACCAGGGAAGAUCGGACGCAGGGAUUUCACUAUUUGCUGUGCUUUUGUCCGGCCUUUGAUGCAUCAGAGGGAAUCUUCCCGGUAAUUGAUGGCGUUUGUGGCCAGUUCGAUGACUUUGUCCAGCAGGUGGGUGUGCUGGAUGGUUUGAUGACUACAUUUCUGGAUGUGGAUAGCGUGGUUGUCGAGCAGAUAUUGCCUAUGACGCGGUUCACAAUCCGAGUUGACUGUGGAGGAGGCUUUGACAGUUGUGAUGCCAAUGACUUUUCCAGCAUCAAGGUGAUUCCGCGCUCUUGGUCUUCAUUGGAUUCGUCCAUUGGCUUGAUGCACUGGAACACGAGCAAUUCUUGUCCAGAGGCUGUUGAAACAUCUCAGUGGUACUCUCCGGUGAACUGCCAGGAAGAUGGACUGCGGAUGAGCGAGAAUUGCAAGGCCAAUGGAGGAACAAAUGCCACCGAAAAGAUUUUUGGCUUCAACGAGAUCAAGUUUUUGCCAAAGGUUGAUGCAGACAACGCCGGAGUAGCUCAGUUCUUUGACAUAUGCUUUGUUCACAAGGAUCCGGCAGUAGAUGGACUCAAUAUUCGAUCCUUCGAACCUUUUGGUGAUGCUGCCAUGCAAGAGACCACUCGAACCUUCUUCAAAGUUGGCCAGCUCGUAGUGGAGCCACUUUGGCUUUAUGGCACUGAUGGCUGGGUGAUGACACGCCCAAAUAUCAUCCGCCUUGGGCCUCCUGACCUGACAAAGUCGAGCAAUCUUCAUGGCAGUGUUCUGGAUGGCUACCUGGCCAACGGGACAAAUCCAAUGGGGCCUAUGAUCAAGGUGAUUUUGGAGGAUCAAACCACUGGAUCCUUGGAUGCGUAUGGCUGCUUUGGAUUCAUCCCCAAUGAGGCCUCUAUUGCUGGGGUGUACUGCGCAAAUCGGUCCUUCUGCACACCCAGGGCCACCAAGACGGGUGAGGAGCUGAUACUGGAUGGUGGAAAUCCAGAUCACAGAAUCACUGUGCUCAAGGCUGGCGUGACAUCUGUGUGCUACUGUGAGUCAUGGCCUGCCGAUGGACGGGAACGCUGCAACAGGGUGGAAGAUUGGAUUUUGGUUGGGAAAUUCCUGGUGUCGGGUGCCCGUGGAAAUCAGGAGUGGACCUUGGAUACGGGCAUGGUACAGAGUCUGGAAGUUGAAGGUUGGGGCCUACGGGAGACCAACACCAUCCGCAUCCUUGAAAGGGGCAAGACGUGCCGUGAGGAAGGCUACUCACAGGUGGCUACGCAUGUGAAAUGGUGCUCAGCAAAGAACAAAGGUGCCAGACAUUCGCGGAUCGGAGGUGUGGUCUCCGUCAUGUGCGGUUUAGAAGGCGAAACGUGCUGUUCAUCGUUCUUCUUAGAUGUCAAGUCAUACCAAUCAGCUCCUGAGCAACGUCCGCUGCAUGCCUCCAAAGCCUCUGAGAUCCUGAACUUCAUUACGGGUGACAACCCACAGUAUUAUCUGCCGCAGAACUCCAUGCAGCUCAGGCAUCUCAAUCAGUCUGUGGACGACUGUUUCUGGAGCUUCACACGGAUCUUGAGUGUGCACCUCAGCUACGUGGACACCAACCGCUAUGGCUCUGAAGGACGGGUGAUUGCGAUCUACCUCCUCUUUGAGGCUCUCAAUGGCCUUCAAGCCCAAACCUCCUAUACCAUCGUGCGGACCGCACGAUCUUGUUUUGCAUUUUCAGCACAUGUGUCUCAAUAUUUUGAUCGGCAUACGACCUAG